UUAAUUUCUCAUUUUUUCAGCAGCAAAAUAAAAAGGAUAACAUAAAUUAAAAUCAUUUUUUUCUGGAAAAUAAAGAGGCGCAAAUCCCACUCAAACCCAUUUCACUCAACUCCUCUUUCCAUUUUUCUACUCAAUUCAACUCUCAGAUUUGGAUAAUUACCCCCAAUUUUUCAAUCCUUCUUCCUCAUUGCAUGCGCCGAGACUUCGAUUAGGGUUUUCUGAUAAUUUGUAUACUUUAGGGAUGGAAGAUAUGGUGGAGGAAAUGGUAAUCGAUGUGGAUGAGGCGGCGAAGAAUGGAGAGACGAAGAAGACACUCAAAAGGAAGCGGGGCGGCGCCGGAGCUUUGGCGGACCCGUUACUGAACUUGGACGCGGAAGGGAAAUCUGCAAAAAUCCAGUCUUUGAGGGAGGAAUUGAACAGUCUGUUCAAGUUUUGCAAGGAACUGAAUGGGCGGAAGGGCAACGACGGAAGUGAUUUUAGUAAUAACAACUUUGAUGUGACGGUUGCGGUGUUGAUGGAGGAGAGUGGGCUUCCGUUGAACAAGUUGGUGGCGGAGAUUUUUGAGAAACUGAAGGGGAAUGGAAGCGGCGGUGACGGUGUUGGUAUUAGUAGCUUGAUUGGUGUGCAAAACCGUGUGCUUUCGAUUGGCCAGAGGGUUUCUUAUGGAAUUACCAGCGCCGAUGCUAAUAUUUUGGAGGACGAUUCAGAGUCUGCCCUCUGGUGUUGGGAGACAAAAGAUAUGAAGUUGCUGCCUAAAUCAUUGCGUCCCAUGCUGAAAGGUUGCCGGACAAUUCGGAAGAAAAUCCAGGAGAGGGUUUCUGCUAUUUCAGCAAUGAUCGCAGCAUUAGAAAAAUCAGAGAGCCAGCAGAACUCCCAAGAGUUGAUGAAAGCUUCGGAAAAGUUAAAUAAAUUAUUGAAUGAGACAGACAUUCGUAGUUUAGUUGAUUCUAUGGAGCAGAAUUUCAGGGAUGAAGUGGCAAAGAAAGAAGCAAGAAAAGAUGAGAAACUUCUAAUCAAGCAGUUGGAGAAAAACAGACGAGAGGAGGAGAAAGAAAGGAAAAGAGUGGAGCGAGAGCUGCAGAAGGAGAAGUUGCAAAAUGAAAAAGAGCGAAAGCGGUUGCAGUAUGAUGCAGAGAAGGAGGAGAGGAGACGUGAGAAAGAAGAAUCUGAAAUGAAAAAAUUGUUAAAGAAGCAGCAAGAGGAACUUGAAAAGGAUCAACGACGUAAGGAGAAGGAGGAAACCGAAAUGAAAAAGCAAUUAUCCUUACAAAAGCAAGCAACACUAAUGGAGCGUUUUCUUAAAGGAGCUAAAACAAAUUCAUGUAUCAAGAAUGAUCAACCUCUAAAUAAAGAAACACCUGUUGUGCCUCAGAGGAACAAAGGGUCACUUGAAUCAGUUACUUUGGCUAUGGACUCUGUACUUUCGACAAGUGAAGGACCAAAAGAAGAAGAUAUAUGGAAGCUCCACCUGAAUUCUUGGCGCCACAUAGGUAGUUCAGUUCGUUCAAACAGACAUGCACAUUGGAGCAUUCGCCGGAAACCUAAGACGGAACUAAUGAAGGGACUCAAGCUAUCUGCAAAUAGAGGACCGGCUAGAGAUGAUGAGAUGAAAACUGAGAAGGAAGUUGAUGGAUGGGUUGAAGCUGGGACUGGGACUGAUAGUAGAUCUUGUCUUGCAAAUACAGAUGGAAUGAUUGCUAACACCCAGGUUUAUGCGCACAGGAAAAAGUUGUUGCAGUUUGACAAGAGUCACAGGCCUGCCUUUUAUGGUGUUAUGUUGAAGAAAAGUCAAGUAAUAAGUGCACGCAAUCCUUUUGUUAAGGAUCCAGAAUUGGACUAUGAGAUUGAUAGCGAUGAGGAAUGGGAAGAGGAGGAACCUGGUGAGAGUUUAUCUGACUGUGAUAAAGACUAUAAAGAUGGAGAUGAAAGUAUGGAUGAAGGAUGCUCUAGGGGGGAUGACGAUGAUGAGAGUGAAGAUGGUUUCUUUGUUCCUGAUGGCUAUCUGUCGGAGAAUGAGGGAGUAGAGGUUGACAAAGUGGAUGCUGCUAACUUGGUUGAUGAGAUUUCCUGUUCCAAAGAGUCCACGCCAAAUGAGGUGUCUAGUCUGCUGGUUCGGCAACAAAAGUAUCUGCACAAGUUAACUGAGCAUGCUCUUCGGAAAAAUCAGCCCUUAAUAAUUCUGAAUUUCGGGCAUGAGAAAGCCCCUUUGCUAUCAGCCGACAAUGUCACUGGUCACGAGAACCUUGAGCAGAUGUGUUUACAAGCUUUGUGCAUACGUACAUUUCCAGAUGGGCCACAGGUGCAGAUUUCAUUUGUUAAUGAUAGAGAAGACGACAAUGCUUGCACUUCAAACAGCAAAGCAAGCUCCGCAGCUUCAGCUAAUGCGCCCACUGUAUCAGACUCUGAUUUGUCUGAGAUUGUUUGUUUCAUUCAAUCACAUUCAUACGGCAUUAACAAAGUGGUCGAAAUAUUACACGAGAAGUUUCCUACCAACUCCAAGUCUCAACUCCGAAAUAAAGUGCGAGAAAUAUCAGACUUUGUUGAUAAUCGUUGGCAGGUUAAGAAAGAGAUUUUGUUAAGGCUGGGGAUUACAAUAUCACCUGAAAAAGGGAGCGGAAGAACAAAGAACAUUGCCACCUUUUUUUCGAAACGGUGCAUGCCUCCUACUGGGAAGUCCGCCAAUCCAAAUGAAACCUCCCCACAGACAUUGCAGAAGUCUUCAGCUUCUUCUGGUCAGCCACUGGAGGGUCCUACUGCGCAAGAGCAUUAACCAGCUUCUUCUCCCCGUGGUUCACUCUAUCCAUUUUGUUAUCGAUAAUGUAGUCUGUAACUUAAAGAGGUCCUUGCCUUACAUGUAUCCAGCAUUCCAGCUUUAGUGUUUCCAAGUUGGUUGUAUCUAUUAAUUAUUAUUUUUUUAUUUUUUUUCUUGUUGAAACCCGUUUUUGGUUUUGGUUCUAUUAAUUUUGGUUCAGCAUCUUAGGGGUUUACCUACCAGGAUGGUUUUCAAUGCAUCUCGCAACAAAGAUUCCUGCAAUUUUGUUAUAGUUACUUACUGACGUCGUUGCCAAAGUAGGUAGGA